AUGGCUGGCAUCGACGAGAUGGAGCAGUUUGUCAACUGGGACAAGGCCAUUGACGCCUUUCAGCAACCCCAGGACGGCAAUGCUCUCGCUGGUCUGACAGGCGAAGGCAACGAGAACAUUGACCUUGUUCUCGCAAAUGUAACUGAGGACGACUUCAGUUUUUGCGCCCUCCAGCACUUCUCAGACAACAACUUCCCUCUACCAGAUAUGUCUGCUCAAGCAAUGGACUUCACUACGACUGCCGACGACAUCUCCAACCAGUUUCAAUGGGACACCCCUCCAUCCCCAUGUAUUAACUGCUCCAUGGCUGGCUUUUCUUGCAAAAAGAUCCGAGAGGGUAUGUACAAGGACUACUGUACAACCUGUGUGGCCUUGAAGGUCGACUGCAGUUUUGCUGUUGCUCCAGCGUCCCUCAACACUUCAGCAGCCCCGUUCAACAUCAACCCUUUCCUCUCUUCUGGACCUGAAAUUCCCAAUACUCUCCAGGAAGAUACACAAGACGACUCUUGCCAGUCCUCCCGCAACGCUUCUCGUAAUGCAUCUGUUUCCGAUCUAGCCAACAUGGGAGAGACGAUUAACAACAAGGCCGCGCCCCCUCCUAAGAUUGGAGCUCGAUUUUCUCGAGAAUCUGUCCGUGUUCUCAAGAACUGGCUCUCGACUCAUAACCGACAUCCGUAUCCUAGCGACGAGGAGAAAGAGAUGCUGCAGCGCCAGACUGGCCUGAACAAGGUACAGAUCACGAACUGGCUUGCAAAUGCGCGUCGACGAGGCAAAGUCCAGCCUCCUCGUUCAACAUCACCUCACUACACUAGCUCAUGGUCAGGUCCUAUGGAUAUUCCCCAGCGUCGUGGAACUCCAGCACUUGAAGCCAUGAAUCCACUACAACGUUGGGAGCACUCUCCUCCUGAGAACGAACCUGCCUCCGUCAGUGCCAUUGCUCGGGCCGUCACAGCAUCGUCUUCCGGUCUCUCAUCGGGUAUUGACAGCCCCUUCAGUCUGAGCUACGCCGACGACGGCUCCAGCAAAUCCAUUUGCAACCAGUCAUCGGUCAGCAGUUUGGGAACAUCUCACUCGAGCAAUGGGUCCCUCGGAUCGGCCUAUUCACAUGGAUCCCGCAACUCAUGGGGAUCAUUCAGCUCGGCCCCAUUCAACAGCCACGGUCGACGCCGUCGACGCCGUAGGGCUUCGGCAAAAACAGGAAAAGAGAAGACAAGCCUCGCAGCUCCUCUUAAAACUUUCCAAUGUACAUUCUGUACCGAAACUUUCAGGACCAAGCACGACUGGCAGCGACACGAAAAGUCUCUGCACUUAUCUCUCGAGAGGUGGGUGUGUACCCCACACGGGUCAAAGGCCGUCAAUCCCGAUACUGGCGUCUUAUCAUGUGUCUUCUGCGGUGAAGCCAAUCCGGAUGAUGCACAUAUCGAAGCCCACAACCAUUCAGCCUGCCAAGAACGUACUCCCGCUGAACGAACGUUUUACCGAAAAGAUCACCUCAACCAGCACUUGCGUUUAGUUCACAACAUCAAGUUUCAGGACUGGUCUAUGAAGUCGUGGAAGGUGGCUACGCCAGAGAUUCGAUCCCGGUGUGGUUUCUGUGGUAUCGUGAUGGAUACUUGGACUAUUCGUGUCGAUCAUUUGGCGGAGCAUUUCAAGACGGGUUACUCCAUGGCUGACUGGAAGGGUGACUGGGGUUUCGAUAACCCUGUACUCGAGAUGGUCGAGAAUUCUAUGCCUCCAUAUCUUAUUCAUUAUGAACGCACAUCCCCGUUGCCAUACGUAGCCAACCACUCUCCACCAGAGUCACCUCGUAACGCCUACGAGCUGAUUAAGCUGGAAAUGGCUUUCUUCACACGGAACUACCAAGAUCAACACGGACGACUCCCCAACGACGAAGAGAUGAUGGUUGAAGGUUGUCGUAUUAUUUACGCUAGCGAAUUGCUGUCCUUGCAAGGGAUUGCCACGCGUCCAUCCUGGCUUCGUGAUAUUAUCAUGAGCUCUGAGACACUGCAACAAAAGGCCAGAUUCGGUCCCUUGCGUGGUGCCGCUGAAAACAGGCUGGCAUCACUUAAAAUUAACGGCAAGGACAACUUGUUCGAGGAAUGCCCCAUGGAGGUGCAACUACAUGAGUUUGUCAAGGCCAAGAGACUACUGGGCUUAACCGCAAUGGAUGAUGAGCUUCAAGAUGAGGCUUGUCGCAUCGUCGGCAAAGUAGAGGAAGUAUCGACACAUCCAUCAGAGGCCAUUGCAAACUGGCUGAUUCGACUUGCUACAUCAUCCACUAACUGGCUUGCCCCCUUCCGUCGACGUGCACACCUGCCACGAAGCGAGGAUGUGGUGGACCAUAUUUGCCGAUCAAAGGACCCUUCAUCCAUAGACUCAACCAUCCACAGUUACUCGCGUCUCGAGCGUGAACUGAAGGACUAUCUUAUGUUGCAGCGUUCUAUGGGAAUGGAACCUACUGAUGAUGACCUUCAACGACAAGCUCGUAUCAUUAUCUAUGAAUUUGAUGACGGCUGGAACCAAACCGCAGCCGACAAUGCGUCUUGGCUCGAGGGUUUCAAGAACCGUCAUCCUGCAACGAGCAACAGUUCGCCUGCGUUUUCCCUUCAGGAUAGCACCCAGUCAACCAUCAGCGGAACCGUCAGUGGAACUGCCGUGACUGACGCUACGACAUUGUUCAGCAGCGAAUGCCCUGUGCUCAUGGGAUGCAACGACAUGUUCGACAUGGGCAGUGGUAACAACUGCCCUGGGCCUUACUUCCUCAACGAUGCCAACUGCUACAGGCGACUUGCUAAAGAACUGAAACGAUGGGUUGCUGGGACGAUGUCUGUUAACAACCCCAACCGCCAUGUACCAAGUGACGAGGAGCUCCAGCAUCAGGCUCGCUGGAUUCUCUAUGACGAUGACGACCCUUGGAACCAAACUGCUGCAGAUAACGCUGAGUGGCUGCAGAGAUUCAAGCGUGACGCCGGAAUCCUCAAGACAGAUGGUCCUGGCCUUCCGAUGAGCGAUGGCUGGGCUCUCGAAUCAGGCGGGUCUGGAUUCGCGCCACCAUACGCCUGCCCUAAGGCAUCCCUCGAUCCUUUCCCUGCAGACGCUCAGGUAUCUAUGGGCCAGGGCGCCAAGUCACUCCCAGCAGCCAUAGCAAACAGCUAUAUCGAGAAGCUCACAUCGGAGGCGGCACGACCGGCCGAAAUUUUCUGCUCGCGAGAAUUGGAGCGAGGUCUUAUCAGUUAUGUUGAAGAUCAUGUCGCUUGCAAAGGAUCUAUACCAUCAGAUGCUAUGUUGCAGACUCGGGCCCGACGUAUUCUCGAUUCUAAUACCACCCCUGCCGACGAUAUCGAUUUGUUGAACAAGUUCAAGGAUAUGGUGGCUAAAAAGGUUCCUCAAAUUGCGACUGCUCAAAACCCAGCUGCGAGUAUGCCCGCUGUACCCGGAAAUGUGGACAUCAAGCUCUCAGAUGAGGAUGUGAACAAUAUUUUGCAAGAUAUGGAUUUCGAAUUUGACGCUCAAGACUUUGGAGGCGUUACUAUGGAAGGACUACAAGACACAGGUGGCGUUAGCCUGGAUUUGACGGGCUUCAAAAACUAG